UUUUAGCUAUAAAUUUCAACUACGUUCCCAUGAACGUGUUUUUGAGGUUUUUUUGAGUUGAGUAAUUUAAAAAAAAAGUACUUUCACGGAAAAUUUGCUCUUUCUUUUGUUUACGGAAAGAACUGAUGACUAAGUUGUAUUUUAUUUGAAAUAACGUUUGAGUCACAAUCUGCUGGACAAUCAAAAUUUGUUUUUUGUGUUUCUAAUCUUCCCAAGCAAGAGUCGUAUGACUUUGCCGUACACCGAUAAUGGUACGUGAACGCAUCCUCAGCCUCUUCGCAGUGACGCUGAAUCAUAAGCAGAGGAUGGCGGGCCUGUGGCGGUCCUACCAGGCCCUUAUGACAAGACGCCCCUGGACGGUGCAGAUUGUGACUGCUGGUUCUCUGGUAGGCAUCGGCGAUGUCAUCUCGCAGCAGCUGAUUGAGCGACGUGGACUCGCUCAACACGACGUGCGCCGGACCACUAAAAUGAUGAGCAUUGGAUUCUUCUUUGUGGGUCCAGUCGUAGGUAGCUGGUACAAAGUUCUGGACCGCUUGGUGGUCGGAGGAAGUAAAAGUGCGGCUAUGAAGAAAAUGAUGAUUGAUCAGUUGUGCUUCGCUCCUUGUUUCUUGGGCGCCUUCCUGGCUUUGUCGGGGGUUCUGAAUGGGCUGAGCGCGGAGCAGAAUGUCGCCAAGCUACGUCGGGACUACACAGAUGCACUAAUUUCCAAUUAUUAUCUAUGGCCGCCAGUGCAGAUGGCCAACUUCUACUUCAUCCCGCUGCAACACAGGUUGGCUGUCGUGCAAAUGGUCGCCGUGGCGUGGAAUUCUUACUUGACGUGGAAGGCCAACGCCUUGUGAGCCAGUACCGACAUAGAUUUCAUUAGGUUUGCCGAUUAUUCUUGUUGUUCAAAUGGACUCACUGUCGAAUGACAAAAAAUCGUGACACUCACGCACUCGUGUCGUUAAUUAACAGUGUUACAAUUUACAUUUGUUACCAGAUUUGUGAUAUUUCCUGUUUAAGACAUGUUUUGAAAAAGUGGUCACUAUGAAUAAAUACAUAUUUUCCAUCUUUAA